UUCAUGUAUACUAAAUAGAGAAGAAGAUAGAAGCCUUUUAUGCAAUUACUAUGGAAGUUACCAAGGUUCUAAUGCUGUUUGUAGCUAUAUGGAAACAUUCGCUGGCUUUACCUAUACAAGUCCAUCAGAGUGCAGCCUAUGCAGUCAACAAGACUGUUCUUGAUGGAGAAGUUGCCUUUCGACGCACCCGCAGUGCUGCUAUGUGCGAUAAAUGUCUCUGGCCGACAUCCCCAAAUGGAACCGUUUUUGUGCCUUUUGUUAUUUCCUCAAUAUUCUCUAAAACUGAGAAAUUACUUAUUAAUGAAGCCAUGAAUCACUUUGAACGUACGACCUGUGUUAAGUUUGUCAAUAGAAGAGCAGAGGUAGACUAUCUCAGUGUGGAGUCUGAAGAGGGGUGCUGGUCGUACAUCGCAAAGCUUGGUGGCCAACAGAAAGUGAGCUUGAACAAGGCAAUGUGCAUGUCAUCUGGUAUAAUACAACAUGAACUGAUGCACUCACUGGGAUUUUACCAUGAGCAGAACAGGAGUGGAAGUGACAGAGAUAAACAUGUUGAAAUAAUGUGGCAGUACAUUGAUGAAGGCCGAAGAUCAUUUUUUCAGAUGGAGAAUACCAACAAUCUGGACUUUUCGUACGAUUAUAGUUCAAUCAUGCAUUCUCAGAAUACCACAUACACCAACACUCUGAAUAAAGCUACCAUUAUCCCAAAACCUGACCCCAGAGUGCCUAUAGGACAGAGGCUAGGACUGAGUCAUUUAGACAUGAUGAAAAUAAACAAACUCUAUAACUGCAGUGUCUGUCGAAUUAAGUUAACAGAUCCUUUAGGAUCUUUCUCUCCUUCUGGCAUCUCUUUUGGACAGGAUAGUAGCUGUCUCUGGUUUAUUCAAUCUGAAAUAAACAAACAGGUUUAUCUGCAACUCAGUGACAUUAAUAUUACUCGUUCAGCUGGAUGCUCUGACAGUUACAUAAAGGUUUAUGAUGGGACCAGCAAAUCUGAUGAUGUUCUCCUGGACAAGACUUGUGGAGAUUUAGAAAUCUCACCACUUCUUUCUAGUGGGAAUAGCAUGCUGGUGGAAUUUGUGAGCAAUCAGGCACCAGCUCUUAGCAGAUUUAAAGCUCUCUAUAAAAAAGUGCCUCCCAUGAGAUAAUGAGAUGAAAUGAAGAAAGAACAUACCGUAUAUACUCGAGUAUAAGCCGACCCGAAUAUAAGCCGAGGCCCCUAAUUUUACCCCAAAAAACUGGGAAAACUU